AUGUCCGACUACGAAGAUGAAAUGGACGUGGAUGCACCCUCCAAGGUGCAAUUCACGUCAGACAAUGCCAGUGGGAAGAAGAGAACAGCGGCUGAUCUCCCCAUCUCAGCUCUGGACAAUCUGCCGUGGGUUGAGAAAUACCGCCCAAGCAGCCUGGACGAUGUUUCUGGUCAUCGGGAUAUUCUCGCGACAAUCAACCGUUUUAUCGAAGCCAAUCGUUUGCCGCAUCUUCUUCUCUAUGGCCCUCCCGGAACUGGCAAGACGUCAACUGUUCUCGCGCUUGCCCGGCGGAUAUACGGCGAGAAAAAUAUGCGGCAGAUGGUGUUAGAGCUGAAUGCUAGUGACGACCGUGGUAUUGACGUCGUCCGAGAGCAGAUCAAGACUUUUGCCAGCACGAAACAGAUCUUUUCGAUGGCCCCUCAGGCUGGCGGCUCAGGAAUGGCCGGCUUCAAGUUAAUUGUCCUCGACGAGGCCGACGCGAUGACGGCCACCGCCCAGAUGGCUUUGCGUCGGAUUAUGGAACGCUACACGGCCAACACGCGAUUCUGCAUCAUCGCUAACUAUACACACAAGCUCUCUCCGGCACUUCUGUCGCGUUGCACGCGAUUCCGGUUUAGUCCACUUAAGGAAGCGGACAUUCGGGUUCUCGUGGACCAGGUCAUUGAGAAGGAACAGGUUCGCAUCCAGCCCGACGCUGUGGAUAGUCUAAUCACUUUGAGUAAGGGUGAUAUGCGACGGGCUCUGAACGUGCUUCAGGCCUGCCAUGCUAGCAGUAAACCACUCGCGAUGCGUAACGCACCUGAUGCUCCCUUGCCUGAACCCGAGAUGAUCACCAACGCAACGAUCUACGAAUGUAUUGCAGCCCCGCACCCAUCUGACAUCCAAGAGAUCAUGAGCACAAUCUUAUCCACCAGCGAUGUGACUUCCUGCCUCGACACUGUGAACACGCUCAAGGCGAAUAAGGGUCUUGCAUUGGCCGAUAUCCUCUCGGCGCUGGCCGAUCAACUACAGCGGCUCGAGGUGCCGGCCCAGACACGCAUCACCUGGCUGGAAGGACUGGCGGAGAUUGAGUGGCGCCUGUCCGGAGGUGGUUCCGAGGCGGUUCAGACCGGAGGCAUGGUUGGAGUGGUGCGAAAUGGAUGUGAACUGAUGGGGGACAAGGUUGCCCCAUUGGUAUGA